GUAGGGACAACAGGCUGCAAAUAAGGCAAACUUAGCAAUGGCGGCAGGCGUGACAGGUGAACGGGUUACCCAACAGGGUCGACGCUAGCGAUUUGCUUUAUGUUUCGGAGUCCUUUACGAGAGGACUGCGCAAGCGGAGAAUGCUGCGAAGCUAGAACUCCUAGAUUUGCUACUAGGACCUCUUGCUGGUAGGGCCACUUGCGGUUAGGUCAUCCUGAGCUCCGACAGUGUGAACCUCAGGGUCACACAGGAGGUUCUUGCACACGCUGCACCAAGAGGAUAGCAAACCAUGAUCCGCAACAAGUACCUCUGAGAAUAGAGGUACCGCACCACAACUAACUCCGAAACGCACUCUCUGACAAUAGAGGUUUCUGCUGUUUUCCCGGUCCUUAGUUAUUUCGCACCUCGGCGUUCACUGCAAACCAUGCCGCCUCACUCCGUGUCCUCGCGGGUCAAUCCGCAUCCCUCUGCCGCCCUCUCGCCCGUAACUCACCAUCGCACGCGAGCAACAAGCAACGGCCAUAUUUUCCCAGGCGAAUCCUCCGCGCGUUUCCCCCACGUUCUGCGCGAAACCAUUCAUUCCCAUUCGCGUUCCCACCGGCCUAAGUCCCAUUAUCGCCGUCUGCUUCGCCUUCCCUCUGCCGUUUCUCGGCCCGUUAGCCCCUCACACCACACAUUCAACCCCCCACACCGCACACUCAGCUCUGACGCUGCGAGGGGAGCGGAAACCGCGCGGACCGGAAGCUCUAACGAUGCAGCUGGAACCAGAUCGACGUCUUCUGCGGCUGUGGCUGGAAGGAGAUCGACGGCUGUAGCCCAGCGUCGCCUGUCGGCUGUAGCAGCCGAUGGGCCUGCAGCAGAUGUGGCUGGAACAGGGGCGGGAGAAGAAGGUGGCUCCGUAAACGAGAGCGAGGGUUUGGGUGCGGGGACGGGGACGGCAACAGCAGGAGGACCAUUACGAGCAGUACAGUCCACUCCAGCAACCCCUGCAUUAGCAACAGCGGCAGCAACAGGAGCAGCACCUGCAGCAGGGGUGGUAACGAGCAGGGGGGCGGAGGGACUGGAGUGGGAAGAGUGGCGGGAUGCGGUGGCGUCUGCGGUGCUGCUCACAGCGUGCGCGGUGGGGCUGCUCACUGGCGCCUCUGUGUCUCUCUUUAACGAAGGGGUGCACGCCAUCCGAGACGCCGUGUGGCAGGGCGUGCCGCCCGAGGAGGGCUCCACGUGGCUGCGCAGCCAGUCAGCAGCCGCCACGUGGCACCUGCACAUCUUCGUGCCCCUGGCGGGCGGCGUGGUGGUGGGCAUCCUGAACGCUGUCAGGUCAGAAAUCAAAGACCUUCCAUUCAACCAGACUCCUCGUGGUGGCAGCAGCAGCAACAAUCGCAGCAGCAGUCGCAGGAGCAGCAGCCCUGCUGCCCAUGGCUAUGACAGCAGCAGCGACAGCAGCAGCAGCGACAGCGGCAGAAGCAGCGGCGGGUUCUCUCUCUCCUCCCGUGCCGGCCAAUCCAUAGCUCAGAAUCUAGUGGCGGCAGUGCGGCCGGUGCUGAAAGCGGUCGCAGCGGCUGUGACGCUGGGCACGGGCAACAGCUUGGGGCCGGAGGGGCCGAGCGUGGAGAUAGGGUCCAGCAUUGGCAAGGGGGCGAGCAGGGCGGUGCAGGGGGGAAGAGAAAGGACGAUAGCUCUGGUGGCUGCUGGCUCCGCUGCUGGCAUCUCUGCUGGUUUCAACGCAGCAGUGGCGGGUUGUUUCUUCGCCCUGGAAUCGGUUCUCCGCUCCUCCGUCUCCUCCUCGCCAGCAUCCCUCACCACCGCCAUGGUGUUGCUCUCAUCCGUCCUGGCUGCUGUCGUCUCACAGCAAAUCCUCGGCUCCGACCCGGCAGUCCGGAUACCCCUCUACGAGUUCAGGUCGCCCGCAGAGCUGCCUCUCUACCUUCUCCUCGGCCUGUGCUGUGGAGGAGUCUCCAUCGCUCUCAACCGCUCUGCACGCCUCGCUACACAUGCCUUCGACCGCCUCCUGCUCGUCUCCCCCCUGCCCCCCGCGCUGCUGCCUGCCAUCGGGGGGCUGUCCGUGGGAGUCAUCUCCCUGGCGUACCCUGAAGUGCUCUACUGGGGCUUUCAGAACAUCAACGAUCUCCUGGGUUCCAGACCACUCGCGAGUGCACCACAGGUCGACUUUUUGGUCGAGCUGGUGGUGCUCAAGGUGGUGGCGACCGCUAUUUGCCGCGGGUCGGGCUUGGUGGGCGGCUUCUACGCACCGUCUCUCUUCAUUGGGGCGGCACUGGGGCAGGCGUAUGGGCGGCUGGCCAGUGACGUGCUGCUGGCGGUUGACCCUGAGUACAGCCUGCAGUGGAUCCAAGUGGCUGCUCCACAGGCGUAUGCCAUGGUGGGCAUGGCAGCAACACUAGCUGGGGUAUGCCAAGUACCUCUCACGUCAGUCCUCCUCCUCUUUGAGCUCACCAGGGACUACCGCAUCAUCCUGCCCCUCAUGGCUGCUGUGGGCAUCGCCGCUUGGAUCGCUGCUCCUACCACCACAACACCAACAGCUACAGCUACAGCCGCAGCAACCACCACAGCAGCCAGUGCUUCUGCCGCAAGCACAGACCUCCCCACCCCUACUACAGCAUCGCAACAACAACCCCCUCGGCCCGCCUCAAAGUCCUCUCCAUCACCCUCAUCCUCCUCCUCCAUCUCUGCUUCUGCUGCUGCAGACUCCGAUGACUCCCCUCCUGCCUCUCCCCAGGCGCCCCUCCCCACCCCUCUCCCCCUUGCCAUCUCCACCCCGGGGGACUUUAUCGACGACAUAGCGUCGUUGGACAUACGAGACGGGGUGCUCCUAGAGGAGCAGGUGCAGCGGGAGAUGACAGUUGCUGCCGCCAUGCGCCCUGCCUCCAGCCCCUCUGUUGCUGCCGUGCCGCUCAUGGCUGUGCGGCCACGCGUGCCGGUGCGGUCACAGCCUCGGUUGGUGCCUCAGAAGCAGCAGCCAGGUUCAGAUUCAGGGUCUGCAGAAGCGGAUUCUUCUGCUCCUGCUCCUGCAACUCCUGCUUCUCCUGCUGCUGCUGCCGCUGCUGCUUCUGUGGCUGCUGUUUCUGCACCUGCAGAGGCUUCAGCCAGUCGUUGGGCCGCUGCAACCGAGGUGGUGUCCCGGCCUAGCACGGUGGGUCAGGCUGUAGCAGCGAUGGUGGCGAGCCGGCAGUGGUGCUGCGUGGUGGUGGGGGAGGGGGGGUGCCUGGAAGGGCUGGUAACCCUGGUGGAUGUGCAACAAGAGGUGGAGAGAAGGGUGGUGGCGGAGAGGAGGCGAGGAGGGAGAGGAGGGAGAGGAGGGAGGAGGAGAGCAGGAGGAGAGAGUGCAGGAGAGAGUGACGGUAGUGAUAGUGGUGCGCAGGGUGGGGGUGGGGUUGAUGGUGGGGUUAGGGGGGAUGGUAUCAGUGGUGCUGCAGGAAGGGUGAGUGAAGGCGAUGUGGCAGUUAAGGGGGCGGUGGAGGCGCUACCAGUGUCGGUGCUGUGCACCCCGUGGACUCAGCUGGAGACGAUCUCUCCUGCUGCCUCUCUCUACGAGGCCAGGAGGAGACUGACGGCCAGAGGGAUAAGACAGCUGCCAGUGGGUGGAGAAGGGGAGGAGGAGGGAGGAGGGGGGGGAGGAGAGAGGAAGUGGUCUGCUGCUGGUGGGGCUGCUGGAUCGGGAUGACAUUGCACGAGCGUGCAGGGCCGAGGCCACCAAGCGACUGCUACAGCUUUGAUCCUGCAAGGGGGAUCUGAGGACAAACCAAGGAUCUGUGAUGGAACAUCACACGCACGCAUGACCUUGAUGCCGUGCUCCUAUUGUCUGUCUAAUGUGCAUUAAUUUGGCAGCAUAUACCUCAUAGGAAAUUUAUUGCUUGACUUCUCCUUGUGUACAUAGUGCAGCAUUGAAUGCUUAUUUCUAUUUAAUAUAGAAGUAUACUCGACAAAGUUACCAUUUAUGCA